CCAUAAGUGCCUCAGCGAAGGUCACAUUGGAGUGCUGUGUUUUUAUUUCCCCACAGCAGGCAGCAAGUUAAAACACGACGCUGUCAAGCGUAACAUUCUGUAUUUUUAUUUUUAUUUAUUUGGUGAGCUGGAUAAUAAUUGCCUUGAGUCAGUGUGAAAAGCUUUACUGUGGGUUACUAUGGCGCGGAGUUAUAAAAUGGGACGCAGAAUGAAAACAUAUGACAUCAUCAGGACAGUGGUGGCGACGCGACAGGCUUCCUUAUUUACCCGAAGACUUGAUAAUAUUGCACGAAUUCACGCCUUUCUGUUCGCUUUUGAAACUAUUGAUGAGUACUGAUCAUCGUCGGAACACUGCGCCUGUCUGCCUGUGUCAAUAGCAGAAAGACAGUCAUAGGGUUUUGGAAUGACAUGAGUUGAGUAAAUGAUGAAAAUCAUGAGGAUUUUUGGGUCCUAAAGGUCGUAUUUUCUCCUGUGGUGUCUGUGUGGAGCGUGCCACACACCCACUCCACAACAACGACGGCUUUUGCUUGCAUCUUCCAGUGUUUCUUCUGUCAGCAAGUUCAGCAAAGCUGCAACUCGUCUAGUGCCAGCCCAGAAGAACCCAGUGAAGAGAACCACGACUGUGAGAUGGUCAAAAUGACAAAGUCAAAGACUUUCCAGGCCUACCUGCCCAACUGUCACCGAACCUACAGCUGCAUCCACUGCCGGGCACAUCUCGCCAAUCACGAUGAGCUCAUCUCAAAGUCAUUCCAAGGCAGCCAGGGACGAGCCUACCUCUUUAAUUCAGUUGUGAACGUCGGUUGUGGUCCAGCGGAGGAGAGGGUUCUCCUAACAGGUUUACAUGCUGUGGCAGACAUCUACUGUGAAAAUUGUAAAACCACUCUGGGCUGGAAAUACGAGCAUGCAUUUGAGAGCAGUCAGAAAUACAAAGAAGGAAAAUUCAUCAUCGAGCUUGCUCAUAUGAUCAAAGAUAAUGGCUGGGAGUGACCUUGGCCUACUUCCUCUCUCUGCUCAGUGACCUUUGGGCUGCUCUGUUGUGGACUUUGCCGAGUGACACCACCACACGCACACGUACACAAAUGAAAAUAAAACGCACAGACACGCACGCCAACGUCAACCAUGACACAUCUAGACUGGGUCAUCACAAAACUCAAAGGCAGAGUGACGGAAAGCGUAUCAAGGACAUCUACGGUCACUGAAAGACUCUCUAGGGACCUUUUCGGAGAUGUACAUGUCAACACUUUGGGAUCCGAACCUUCUCCCUUCCUGUUGGACUCAGUUUCCGCCCCAUUAACUGGUUUCGGUGUGCUCGGCCCUCCUCGUAAACUGUUAACAGUAUCCAGAAGACAGUCUCGUGUUUUUCGUUUUAACAUCCUCCGCUCUUUUUGUGAAUAAGCGGGGAGGUGUGCGCUCUAGUGUGUAUACUUUCUUUUCGACGGGAAUCUGGAGUCCUCCCUGGUGGACUGAUGUUACUGGUUAGCAUUUUUCUCCUUCUCUGAGCCCGACCCGUUCUGAUUGUCUUUCCGUUCACGUUGGGGUAGCGACCGACGCGAUUGACAUGCGUUAGAGGCAAUGUAGCAGUAUAUUUUGGAUGGGGUGGGCGUUCAGCAUUGCAGUGGCAUAGCAUUGUUUGUAUUUAUGAUCUCCCUUGCGUUUUAACCAUUUUAUUUUUUUUUUCUUCCUCGGAUGACUUCACUGUGCAAUUCGCGGGACACUCUGGUACAACAGUAGCGUCUGACCCCUACAGGAGCUUUAGUUGCCUCUGGUGCUUUUGGUGAGAUUACACAAACACGCGUCUUUGAGUUGGCAUUUGUGGCAGGUUCCAUUUUUGCUAUAGGCGAGAGAAAAACACACGACAAGCUACAGCCGUUUGGAUGCACUGGACAUUUGGGGAAAACUGAAACUAGUGUCCUCCUCGGAACAAUGUUUGCAUUACGUUUUCAUCCCCCGUCACGCCAAAUGAUUUUACAAAACUGUUGUUGAUAUUACAAUCAUGUGUAUGUUCAUUGCUAUGUGUAAUUUAUGUGUUAAACCACAUGUUAGGACAUGCACACGCCAUGUUAGCUCUGUGUGUUUUACGCAUUAUGUUUAUGGCAUACUUGAAUGCAGUUACUUUGUUUGCACUUUGCAGAGGCCUUGUUCAUGGGUUUAGAGGCAAAAGUCUGUCCAUUGAAUGGCCUUUUUUCAUUGAUAAUAAUCGAAUGAUUGUAUGAGAUGCUUUGAAUGAUUUGCAGGGUUGGGUGGUUGCUGGCUUGAUCAUCUCCCUCUCGUUUCAAACACACAAAAUCGGCUGCUUUCGCUUUCUUCCACAGGCUGGCAGACCUGUUCGCUACGCUCGUAAUUCGUUCAAUUUGAUGCGCGCAUCACAAACAGGUCUCAAAUUUAACAAUCAGACACCAUUCAAAGUGGCGUUACGUGAUUCUUUUGCUGCUAAUAGAGAGAAAUGCAAUCCAGAGCUUUCACUUUUGAACCUUCUGCACUUUACCCGGACUGUCUGAGAGCAUGCGAGCCCAUGCGUUCCUUUUGUAGCUUUUCUCCACGUCUUUGCCUCUAAGCAGCAUGAAUCUUGUGCCUCUUCAAAAGAUUAAAAAAAGAAA